AACCAAUUCAAUCAUUCAUAACCACAGUGUUCAACAGGGCGCUGCCGCUUUCCCCCCACCCUCUUUCGAACGUUCGUUUAAAACAACAAAUUUUCCCCUCUCUCUUUUCUGGGUAUUUUGAAUCUUUCGAUUGGCGUAUGGGAAAGGUUAGAAAUCUCUGAGAUUUUCGUUUUUCCAUUAAAAAAAUAAACCGAUUUUCGGAAUUUCGAGGUCAGUGAAGCCGCCCUGCUUGUUUGUUCUUAAUUUCUGCCCUUUUUGUUCUUUCUCGAGAAAAAUCUCUCUCUUCUGCCCUUCAUACGCUCCUCCUCCUCCUCCCCUUUCUCUCUCUCCCAUGCUUUAAUUUGAAUUCUCUCGGCUCCCAAACGCGGUUUUCGCCACAUCCCUUUGAGUAUUAUCAUCCCUUUUUGGCGCUGUUUAUUGUCGUAUCACAAUCAAACUUGCCGUCCACCCAGAUUCUUUGGUGGGGUUCUGAUUAUCUUUUGAGGCAUUUUAUUGAUAAAAAUGUCAUCUGCAAAUCCUUAUUUUGACGACGUUCGGACCAAACCUGAGGUUAUUGAUCCUCCACAAGAUGAUGACAUGAUGGAUGUUAGUGAAAGUGUGAGUGAUCCUGCUCGAAAUGGAGGAAAGCCUAACGUGGUUGUCUCGAGCAGUGUUCGUGAGCUGUUGGAGUGCCCUGUUUGCUUAAAUGCUAUGUACCCUCCUAUACAUCAGUGUUCGAAUGGUCACACAUUGUGUUCGGGAUGCAAGCCGAGGGUGCACAACCGGUGUCCGACCUGCAGGCAUGAACUUGGGAAUAUCAGAUGUCUUGCAUUAGAGAAGGUGGCUGCAUCUCUGGAACUUCCAUGUAAAUAUCAAACUUUUGGAUGUGUGGGCAUAUACCCCUACUAUAGCAAGCUGAAACAUGAAUCUCAAUGUGUAUAUCGACCCUAUAACUGUCCUUAUGCGGGGUCGGAAUGCACGGUUGUUGGUGAUAUUCCGUUUUUGGUAGCUCACCUCAAGGACGAUCACAAAGUCGACAUGCACAAUGGAAGCACUUUCAAUCACCGGUACGUCAAGUCAAAUCCGCAAGAAGUCGAAAAUGCCACGUGGAUGUUAACGGUUUUCAGCUGUUUUGGUCAAUACUUUUGUUUACAUUUCGAAGCUUUUCAACUCGGGAUGGCACCGGUGUACAUAGCUUUCUUGCGGUUUAUGGGGGAUGAUAAUGAAGCGAAGAACUACAGUUAUAGUCUAGAGGUGGGUGGAAAUGGGAGGAAGACGGUGUGGCAAGGAGUGCCACGGAGUAUUCGGGACAGUCAUCGGAAGGUACGGGACAGUUUUGACGGGCUUAUUAUCCAACGUAACAUGGCGCUGUUCUUCUCGGGGGGAGAUGGGAAAGAAUUGAAGCUGAGAGUAACUGGUAGGAUUUGGAAGGAGCAGUAGUAGUAAUGUGUUUGUGUUGUGUGUUGUGUGUUGUAUGUUUAGGUGCUUAGAA